CGUAACUUCCCGCUCUUUCUCUCUUUCCAGAAAAAAAUAUUAUCCAGCAUGUCUUCCAUCAUCUUCGUGCAACCAGUCUUACAUCAUUUCAAGUCCUUUCGGUGGAAAAUAACACUCAGUCAAGAUGGUGAAGUUUACAGCAGAAGAGCUUCGGCGUAUUAUGAACUUGAAGCACAACAUUCGCAAUAUGUCUGUUAUUGCACACGUUGAUCACGGAAAAUCCACUCUCACUGAUUCUCUGGUGGCUGCUGCUGGUAUCAUUGCAAAGGAAGCCGCCGGCGACGUCCGGAUGACGGACACACGGCAGGACGAAGCAGAGCGCGGCAUCACAAUCAAGUCUACCGGAAUAUCCCUCUAUUAUGAGAUGACUGAUGAAGCUCUCAAGAACUUCAAGGGAGAGAGGCAGGGUAAUGAGUAUCUCAUCAACCUCAUUGAUUCCCCUGGCCAUGUGGAUUUCUCAUCUGAGGUUACAGCCGCAUUGCGCAUCACCGAUGGCGCACUCGUGGUGGUGGAUUGUAUUGAAGGUGUCUGUGUCCAAACCGAAACUGUUCUCCGGCAAGCCCUCGGUGAAAGGAUCAGACCUGUUCUCACCAUUAAUAAGAUGGACAGAUGCUUCCUUGAGCUUCAAGUGGAGGGAGAAGAAGCAUACCAGACAUUCCAAAAGGUUAUUGAGAAUGCUAAUGUUAUCAUGGCUACAUAUGAAGAUCCCCUUCUUGGUGAUGUUCAGGUCUACCCGGAGAAAGGGACCGUCGCGUUCUCCGCCGGUUUACACGGCUGGGCGUUCACUCUGACCAACUUUGCUAAAAUGUAUGCUUCUAAGUUUGGAGUUGAUGAGUCCAAGAUGAUGGAGAGGUUGUGGGGUGAGAAUUUCUUUGAUCCAGCAACUAAGAAAUGGACAACCAAGAACACAGGCUCUCCAACUUGUAAGCGAGGUUUUGUUCAGUUUUGUUAUGAGCCAAUCAAACAGAUGAUCGCAACUUGUAUGAAUGAUCAGAAGGACAAGCUCUGGCCUAUGCUGCAGAAGCUUGGUGUCACCAUGAAACUUCUUGAAAUGAUGGUGUUCCAUCUUCCUUCCCCUUCAAAGGCACAAAGGUACCGUGUGGAGAAUCUCUAUGAGGGUCCUCUCGAUGAUCCUUACGCAACCGCCAUCAGAAACUGCGAUCCUGAGGGACCGUUGAUGCUAUAUGUAUCCAAAAUGAUUCCUGCUUCUGAUAAGGGAAGGUUUUUCGCCUUCGGCCGAGUGUUCUCCGGCAAGGUCUCGACCGGUUUGAAAGUAAGAAUCAUGGGUCCGAAUUAUGUUCCGGGACAGAAGAAAGACUUGUAUGUGAAGAAUGUGCAGAGAACUGUGAUUUGGAUGGGGAAGAAGCAGGAAACUGUUGAGGAUGUUCCAUGUGGUAACACAGUAGCCAUGGUUGGGUUGGACCAAUUCAUUACCAAGAAUGCAACCUUGACAAACGAGAAGGAGGCCGACGCACACCCGAUUCGCGCCAUGAAGUUCUCCGUUUCGCCGGUGGUGCGAGUUGCCGUGCAGUGCAAGGUAGCUUCAGACCUUCCCAAACUUGUUGAAGGCCUAAAACGGUUAUCGAAAUCGGAUCCCAUGGUAAUGUGCACCAUAGAAGAGUCAGGGGAGCACAUCAUCGCCGGCGCCGGCGAGCUCCAUCUUGAGAUCUGUCUGAAGGACUUGCAGGAAGAUUUCAUGGGAGGUGCUGAGAUAAUAAAAUCCGACCCUGUGGUGUCGUUCCGCGAGACUGUUCUAGAACGUUCUUGCCGUACCGUGAUGAGCAAGUCACCCAACAAACAUAACCGUCUCUACAUGGAAGCAAGGCCAAUGGAGGAAGGUCUCGCGGAGGCCAUCGACGAGGGCCGAAUCGGUCCAAAAGACGACCCCAAAAACCGGUCGAAGAUUCUCUCGGAAGAAUUCGGAUGGGACAAGGAUCUGGCCAAGAAAAUCUGGUGCUUCGGACCGGAAACCAUUGGGCCUAACAUUGUGGUUGACAUGUGUAAGGGUGUUCAGUACCUGAACGAAAUCAGGGACUCCAUUGUAGCUGGAUUCCAAUGGGCUUCAAAGGAAGGAGCACUGGCCGAAGAAAACAUGAGAGGAAUCUGCUUUGAAGUCUGUGAUGUGGUUCUCCACGCCGACGCAAUCCACAGAGGUGGUGGCCAGAUCAUUCCAACCGCAAGAAGAGUAUUCUACGCGUCGCAGUUAACCGCGAAACCGAGGCUUCUGGAACCGGUUUACCUUGUUGAAAUCCAAGCACCUGAACAUGCACUGGGUGGGAUAUACAGUGUGCUGAACCAGAAGAGAGGCCAUGUGUUCGAGGAAAUGCAGAGGCCUGGAACACCGUUGUAUAAUAUCAAAGCUUAUUUGCCGGUGAUUGAGUCCUUUGGAUUCUCGAGCACUCUCAGAGCUGCCACUUCCGGUCAGGCUUUCCCUCAGGCCGUGUUUGAUCAUUGGGAUAUGAUGUCUUCUGAUCCGUUGGAUCCUGGGUCCCAAGCUUCUCAGCUUGUUAUUGAUAUUCGUAAGAGAAAAGGCUUGAAGGAGCAGAUCACACCUCUCUCUGAAUAUGAAGACAAGCUCUGAACUCACUCCUCAAUAUUAAUAUUGCAUGUAUCAAUAUUUAUAUUUAUGUAUGAAUAAAUCAGUUAUCCCUGUAGGGUUUGGACUGAAUAAGUACCUAUAUUAAAUUAUGAAACUUAACCCAUAUUAUUCAUGGAUGAUCAAAUUAUGUUUUCUAACA